AUGGCGGAAACAGCUAGUGUUCAGCCAGCAGUAGAAAAAGAAAAUGCGAGAUCAAAAGAAACAGCACAAGAAAGGCAAAGAAAAAGCCGCAAUCAAGUAAGACGACAAAAAAAGAAACUGCAGCGUGAACAGCAACAGCAAUCAUCGACUCAGAACAAGGAUGGAAGUGGCAAUGAUUUACAGCGAAUUGAUGAAAAUAGAAGGAAUGAAACUGUGGAUGUAGCAGAAAAAGAGGAUGAAAUUCCAGGGAAGAAUGCGGUUUCAAAUGAGGCAGAUCCUCUACUUGUAGUGGAUUAUCUUAACAUGGACAACUCUGAUCCGUUAUUUGAUCAAUAUAAAGAUAUCAUCAAUCGUUUCGUUGCUUCAGACCCUGAAGCAGAUUCGGCAGCCGCAGACAAGGGCCAAGUAAUGUACUCUGAUGAUGAGAUCCUUAGUGAAGGAGAAGAAGACGCGUUGCAAAAACGCGAGGAAGAAAAACUAAGCCGUAAGAAGCUUCGAAAGAUGAAGCGGAUGACGGUCGCACACCUAAAGAUGAUCUCAGAGAAACCAGAUGUGGUAGAUUGGUGGGAUGUUUCUUCUCCAGAUCCUUUGCUUCUUACUCAUCUUAAAGCUUACCAGAACACUGUACCGGUUCCUCGUCACUGGAACCAAAAACGAGAUUACCUCAGUGGUCAACGAGGCAUUGAGCGGCAACUAUUUGAGUUACCUUCGUAUAUUCGUGCUACCGGUAUCAUCCAAAUGCGAAAUGCAGUUCAUGAAAAUGAAGCCGAUAUGCCAUUGCGUCAAAAAAUGAGGGAGCGCGUUCAACCAAAAAUGGGAAAACUUGACAUUGAUUACCAAAAACUCCAUGAUGCUUUCUUUCGUUACCAAACUAAACCAGUUUUAACCGGAUUUGGCGAGUGUUAUUACGAAGGAAAAGAAUUAGAAGCAAAUGUGAAAGAGAAGAGACCUGGUGAUAUAUCCGAUGAAUUACGAGAAGCAUUAGGAAUUUCAGCAAACGCUCCUCCUCCUUGGAUUUUUGCCAUGCAAAAGUUUGGUCCACCACCAAGUUAUCCUGACUUGAAAAUUCCCGGUGUUAAUUAUCCUAUCCCUGUCGGAGCACAAUGGGGUUAUCAUGCUGGUGGAUGGGGUAAACCUCCCGUUGAUCAGUACAAUCGUCCAUUAUAUGGGGACGUUUUCGGUAGUAACAAGCCACGCGCUUCCACAAAUACCGGUCCACCGGAAGAGGUUCAACAUUGGGGUGAAUUAGAGGAAUUCAAUGAGGAAGAAUCUAGUGAAGAAGAAGAAGAAGAGGAGGAGGAGGAGGAGGAAGAAGAAGAAGAAAGAGGACCUGGUGAGGAACCUGUAAAUGUGAAUGAAGCAGAGUACAAUACACAUUCUUUAGGUGGGCAUCCGGAAGAUGAGCGUGUCGAGUCUAUUUCUUAUUUUGAUCAAAGGCCCAUUGAAGCUGAAAAGUUUGAAUUACGAAAACAAUUCAAUAAAAGGGAAGAUGAUUCUUCUAGACCACUUUACCAAGUCCUUCCAGAACAGCAUACGAACGUUGAAGGAUUUAUGGGGCCCGACCAUCAUUACCAAAUUCCUGCUAAUGAAACGGUGCCUUCGUCCAAACGAUCAGCCGAAGAGGCAGCAGUAUCUGACAAUGGACAAAACGUUCAGUGGCAAAAUGACCUCUCUGAUAUGGUUUCGGAACAGGCGUCUAUUGUCGCUGCCAAGCGUCAAAAGACUCAACCAAAAAAGGAAAAGUUUCGCUUGUAA